GAAAAUGAAGCUACGAAAGCUAUCAAAGUGACGUAUGUACAGUUCCGCGCGAACUUGCGCUCCCGCCAAAUUUAAUGUUUUUCUGGUAAGUUUAGAUACGUUUCAAGUGUUGAGGAUGGUACGAACACGUGCUGAUGGCUGUGCCUCUGUGAGAAAAGCUGUGGCUGCUCGGGCACCCCGCAAAAGUCUUGGUCCUUGCACCAGCUCAGAACCCUCAUCUCCAAGUACAUCAAACAAAUAUUCAGGAGGUAACCCUGUCUGUUCACGGCCAACUCCAGAUUGGCAGAAGAAUAUUACAAAUUUUUUCAAGUCUAAUGGCAGCAACAACAACAAAAGUAGUGAAAGCAGCACUAUUCAGAAAAUUGGAGAUCAAACAACUUCAGAGGAGAGUUCAUCAAAUUAACCAGCUGUAGCAGGAGGAAGCAUGUUGCCAUUAUCAUUGCACUGUUUUAAUGGAAUCCUUUGUGAUAGCUAGUACAGCACAACUUACUGUAGUUUUGAUUUAAUAAAACUCAGUAAGAUCCUUCACAUUUUUAAAAAUCAUCUUUCAUUGUAUAUUUGCUCAUCCUUCUCACAUUACGAUUUGAUAA